UAUUUUGCGAAGCGGGGCGCGGCCAGCCCAGGGACAGCGCGGCCGCAUCCGCCCUGCGCGCAGCCCACGCCAGCCGCACUGAGAGCGCCGCUCCCGGGCCCGGCAGGGGGGACGCGGCAGGCAGAGGAGGCGACACCGAGUUGCCGCCCCCUGCCCCGGCGAGCGCUGCGCGGCCGCGGCGUGGCGCGCAGGGGGAGGCCGCGGCUGAUCGACCCGCGCCGCCCGCCGCCAGCGGCGGCCGCGGCCGCUGCGGGCCCGCAGCGCCCGUUCGCCGCGGAGGCGGCGUGGAGGGUCUGGCCGCGGGCGGCGAGGCCGCCGGGCGCAGGGGGCGGCGGCGGAGGCAGGCGAGGGAGGAGGGCGGGCGGCCGGGCCCCGCCGCCGCCGGGCUGUACGGGGGCGCCGCGGCGGAGCCGUCCCUGCGGCAGGCGGCGGCCAUCGCGGGCUCGCCGCCCCCUUGCGCCCCUCCGAGGACGGCGGGGUGGGGGCAGAGGAGGCGGAGGAAGCGGCGGCGGCGCCAGGAACAGGGAGGCGGCGGCGGCGGCACGGCGAGGGAGGGAGCCGGAGCCGGGCCGGGCCCGCGGGAGCGCCAGCAGCGCCAGCUCCUCCUCCUGCUCGGAAAUGGCUCUUGAAGUUAAAUGAGGCUGGAUAAAACACAUAAAUGAAGCAGAAGCUGCUCUGCAUGUGUUAGGACUCUAUCUCCAGAAGCACUGCUGAUCAGCCAGACUUGGUAACUUGUCAUAAUGAAGAAAAUUAGUCUCAAAACAAUUCGCAAGUCCUUUAACUUAAAUAAAAGCAAAGAUGAAAGUGACUUUGUAGUGGUUCAGCAGCCAUCAUUAAGUGAAUUUGGAAAAGAUGAAUCGUUGUUUGGCAGCUGCUAUGGUAAAGAUUUGGCUAGCUGUGAAGUCAAUAGUGAAGAUGAAAAAGGAGGCAAAAAUAGAUCAAAAAGUGAAAGCUUAAUGGGUACGUUAAAAAGGAGGCUUUCAGCAAAACAAAAGCAGAAAGGCAAAGGCAGCACACCGUCUGGAAGCUCUGCAGAUGAUGACACCUUUUCUUCCUCUUCUGCUCCAAUAACCUUCAAAGAUGUGCGAGCUCAAAGACCUCUAAGAUCCACUUCCCUCCGUAAUCACCAUUAUAGUCCAACUCCGUGGCCCCUUCGACCUACAAAUUCAGAAGAGACUUGUAUCAAAAUGGAAGUGAAAGUCAAGGCCUUGGUCCACUCCUCUAAUCCAAGCCCAGCACUGAAUGGUGUUCGAAAGGACUUCCAUGACUUGCAGUCAGAUAACGUGUUCCAGGAACAAAAUAAUGCAUUAAAAAAUACAGAAUCUCAGAAUGGGGACUUACACCUUCAUAUUGAUGAACAUGUGCCUGUAGUUAUUGGAUUAAUGCCUCAGGACUACAUUCAGUAUACUGUGCCUUUAGAUGAGGGAAUGUAUCCUUUAGAAGGAUCACGUAGUUACUGUCUGGAUAGUUCCUCACCCAUGGAAGUUUCAACUGUUUCAUCUCAAGUAGGGGGAAAUGCUUUCCAUGAAGAAGAGAGUCAAGUGGAUCAGGAUGUAGUCGUUGCACCAGAUAUCUUUGUGGACCAGGCAGUGAAUGGUUUGUUGAUUGGUACCACAGGAGUCAUGUUGCAAAGCCCAAGAGUUAAUCACAGUGAUGUCCCUCCACUCUCACCUUUGCUACCUCCAAUGCAGAAUAAUCAAAUCCAAAGGAACUUUAAUGGAUUGAAUGGCACAGAUGGCCACAUGGCUGAAAGUAUGCGCUGCCAUUUGAAUUUUGAUCCUAACACUGCCCCUGGAGUUGGAAGAGUUUAUGAUUCUGUACAGAACAGUGGUCCCAUGGUUGUGACAAGUCUCACAGAAGAACUGAAAAAACUUGCAAAACAAGGAUGGUACUGGGGCCCCAUUACACGUUGGGAGGCAGAGGGAAAAUUAGCAAAUGUGCCUGAUGGCUCGUUUCUUGUUCGAGAUAGUUCUGAUGAUCGUUACCUUUUAAGUUUGAGUUUUCGUUCCCAUGGAAAAACGCUUCACACUAGAAUUGAACAUUCAAAUGGUAGGUUUAGCUUUUAUGAACAACCAGAUGUGGAGGGACAUACAUCUAUAGUUGAUUUAAUUGAACAUUCAAUCAGGGACUCUGAAAAUGGAGCUUUCUGCUAUUCGAGAUCCCGAUUGCCUGGAUCUGCAACUUAUCCAGUGAGACUGACAAAUCCAGUAUCUCGAUUUAUGCAGGUGCGUUCCUUACAGUACCUGUGUCGUUUUGUAAUACGUCAGUAUACCAGAAUAGACCUGAUUCAGAAACUGCCUUUGCCAAACAAAAUGAAGGAUUAUUUACAGGAAAAGCACUACUGAGAGCUUAUGGGAAUCUUGCAUCUUGCACUUUGGGAACAACAACAACAAAAGAGAUUGAAUUACAGUUUACAGACUUUCAUUAUUAUCAAAAUCUUUUGCUGCCAUAACAAUAUUUCAUUUUUGUGUGUAAAAGAAAAGUAAUGCAUUUGGGUUUUUGUUUGUUUGGGGUUUUUUGUGUAUUUUUGGGCGCUUUUUUUUUUUUUAAAAGAAUGAUCUCCAGUUUAUUUUUAGAAGUGUGAAAUAGCUAUCUUUCAUCAAUGUGCAGAUUAAUCACAAUGUGAAUGAUCAAAUUCUCCUUUAAUUUCCCCCAAGUCCUUUGCUGCUAUCCACUGUGAUUUUUAUGCAUUGAAAGCACAUUUCAUGUGUAUUCAACCAUAAGUAAAAGUCAAAUGAAACUUGUUGAAUGGAUUUUUUUAAAAAUAGCCUAUUGAAAAAGAUGAUCGUGAACAAAAACAUUGGUAUUCUGAAUUACAGAAUUUACGUAUAUGUUAAAAAUGAUUUCCUAGCAUCUGAAUUAUAAAUUUCUAUAGAAAUAUGCCGUAAUAUAGAACUUAUAGACAGAGCUGUGUGAUAAGAACAUGGUUAUGCAGCAUAUCUUUGGAAAAAACCUUUCUCAUAAACCUUGUAUUGUCUGUACACUAUUUUGUGUUUGAGGAAGUUGGUUCGGCUUUCUUCUUGUCUCAGUAUUUUGUCCUUCUAAAAAUGGCCUUUAAAAAAAAAAUCUGAAAGUUGAUGUAUAGUACCUAUAUGGAAAUUGCAGUAUUGAGAUCGUGAAAAACAUUACGUUUUAAAAUCAUGGCAUCAGUUAAAUAAAUGAACACUUACCAGGGCCUCUCUUUCCUGUCCCUCCCCUUCCUACCUCCCCCUGAAUAAAAAAUUACCUGGAUUUAUAGGAUGACUCUAGGAAUCCUUAUUAUGGGAACAUAAGUUGACAAGCCAUUUUAGAGAUGUGGUAAAACUUCUAAUUGCUUCCCUUCCUCCAGGAUGGUUUCUGCAAUAUGUAUUUAAACUAUGUGGAAUUUUAACAUUUCCCCCUUUUCUGCAUUUUCACUUCUGAAAUUCAGUAAUACACUAAUUUCCUUUGAAUCUUUCUUUCUUUUUUCUUUUUUUGCUAUUCUUUGGGGAAGGAGGAACAGGACAGAAGAUAAUUUGGAUGGAAGAUGCUUAAAAUUUAUCUCUAAAGCUCCAUUUUCAUGGAGCUCCCCUUUGAAAUUACAGGCGAAAAGGAGUUUGCAUUUUAAUAUACAUUGACCACAGAAAAUGUUUGAGUUAACUGUCACGGGGUAUGUUUUGACAUGUGAAAUACUGAAUCAAUUAAGUAAAUGUUUCUGAUAUCUGUCAAAGAUUCUGGCAUUUGAAAAGCUUAAAGUUAUUCUGACCUUCUUUAGGGAAAAAAUGACUUUCAGUUGGGAGUACAGCUUCCACAUUGUAACAUUUUCUUCAUGCAAGGUUAAUCCAUGGCAUUUUCCUGUUUUGUUUUGUUUUCUCGCAUGGUCUAUCACUUCUGUGAGUUAUUCGUUAAAGGGGUCAUGGCUAACUUGGGAGGGAGGUCUACUUUAUUCCCCUCUUGGCCCUAAGAUUUUCUAUUUGAGAAUGUUAUCUUCCCCAUCGUUGGUAGGCGUUGCUGGUCAGUAAAGAUCAGCUGAGAAGGCGGCUGUUAAUCUUUGAUACAGCUUUCUUGUUUAGGUCAUUUUCUUCUCCUUGUUUAAUAUAGCCUUUUGUCCCCUGAAAUGAGUCUUUAGUAAUGAAUACAAUAUUGCUGCAAGGUGGUGCAGUAGCACUACAUCUUGGGUUGCCUGAAUUGAUAGACUGAAUUUCUAUUUUUUUAAUUUAUUUUUUGACCAUAAUGUUUAACAAAAAAAGAAAAAAAAUCAAGGGUAGAUAAAGGCUGCCUUUGCUUUUAAGGGAGGGAGAAUAAGGAUUUCUUCUCUAGUCUGAUAAAGUUUUAAACUUAAAAAUAUAGAGCAAUCUAUAUACCUAAUUUGUUGGCUCUGCCAUCAAGAUAUAUGUAUGCAAGUAUGAAUUCUGUUUCCUUUUUCCCCUCUACUGACUUUUCCCUCCCCCUCUGAAUCAGGAUCACUAACUUUAUUCAAAAAAAGGCACAAUAACCUAUUGCAUGGUACAGUGUUCUGAUUCUGUCUGUGGGGAGUGGGGAAAGAAAAUCAUUUUUAUGAAUUUCAGACAUACUUUUUAGAAGAAAACCUCUGGCAUUUUCUUCACUUUAAAAAUUCUUUCCCUGUACAAGCUAGAGGGUCUAUGCAUUCUACAGAAUCUUUGAAAGAUUAUAGUAUGUUAAAUAUUUUCUAUGCCAUUUAAUACCACUAUUGAAUGCAUUAAACAUAUGUUUAUAUUACGCCACAUGCAUUAAUCUAGCAGUCAUUGCAUUGAAACUUAAAUAUUUGAAGCUAUAAUAUCCCAGUUUUAUUGCUGAAUUAAAAAGGUGUAAGAACAGGCGUGCUAAAUUUCUUGCCCAUGCUUUAUAAAUGUCAGUUUGCUCACUCAUACAUGUUGAUGCUUUUUGAACUUUGGUUCAGCUAUCCCAUUUUUGAAUUGCCUUCCUCGCUGUGUUCUUGAUUUGUGAACUUAAGCAGGUCAAGUUAUCAUUGUUACUUUUUUCCUGCAUGAAGCAUCCACAAACAAAACACUUCCAAGUAGUUGAGGCCUAGGAUGUGAGAACCAUGUAGCACUUUCUUUCUAAAUAAAACAUGGUGGUGAUAUUUCUACUAAACUCAAAAUACUUUAGAUCCACUAGUACGUAAACACAAAUACUUACUUUUAAAAAUUUCAUUAUUUAAAACCUGUCUCUUUUUUUUUUUCUUUUUUUUUCCCCUGAGAUAACUCUCCUACCAGGAGAAGGAACACAGAGUAAUGACUUUGAAAACAUUAAGGAUACUUACAAUUUCUUAUAGUAAAGAUUAAUCAAAAAAAAAAAAAAAAAAAAAAGAGACACAGUAACAUUAAGUUAUGAGACAAUUUAGAUGUAUUCAGAGUAACCACAAAAAUUGUGUUGACUUCUGCUUCAUAAAAAUUAGAGGAACAAAGUGUCCUUGACAAAUAGAAGCAAACUGAUUGAGCAUAUUUUGCAUACCUUUAGAGGCAGAUACACUAAGACUAAAAGCUAACCGAUUGUGAUCCUUAUAGAGUAGAAAAAUGCCUAUUUUUUCAGCACAACAGUCUAAGGGUUCAAAAGUUAUGCUUUUUAUGCAACUGAAUUGUGGAAAAAUGUUUUGGAAUAUGAAACUUUGAAAUAAAACUGGUAGGGUUGAGCUUAUCAGUAACUUCAGUCAUUUCAUAAUAUUGGCUGUUUUACCAAUUACAAGGCGUUGUUUUACUGUUCUAUUUAGAUUAAAAAAAAAUUGCACAAUUUGCUCUCUUUUUUUGUAAACCAGUGUUAAAAACAAGUGAAAGUGAUUUGUAUUCUUUGAUCUAUUUGAAGGAUAUAGCACUUAUCCUGCUGUUGACACAGUGAAUGCCAUCUUUUUAUCAGAAUCUUUUUCUGUCAGAGGAUGAGAAAUGAAAUUAUUAAUUAAAACUCUGUUCUCAAAUGAGCUGACUUUACAUCUUGUUAAAGCUGAUUUCUUUCUAUGACUAUUGACUGCUGGGCUAAGUGAAAUAUGUGCUGUUUUUCUUGUGAUGCAUUUCAUCUAUGUGAAUACCAGAAUUAAAAAUUUAAAACAAUAUACCAGCAAUAUAUGGGCUAUGAUUCUAAUGAGAAAUAUUUCUCUGUUACUGAACCUUCAAAUUCUGAGAUAAGCUAUGGAUAAAAGUGAUUGCCUAUUUAAUUCCUUUUAAUCUUUUUACAACUACAAAGAAUAAAAAUUACAGGCAUUCUUUAUAUUUAAAAAAUGGGCUGGGUGGUAGUUCAUAAAAUGGGAAAUGUGGCAUUGCUGUAGCUGGGAAGUGUUCUAAAUUCUACACAGAGAUGAGGAAAAAUUCUUAGAGAAUUUUGUAUGAAUACAUGUUGGCUUAAAGAAUUUUUAUAGUGAUGAUGGAGUGCCAUGAAGUUAAUACUUGCAAUCCAGAUUGCUGUAGUUUACACUUUUCUCUGUUUCAGACCUGGUGUGCACUAUUUGUACUAAGCACACCACAGAGUGAAUUAUCCAAAGUCCAUUGAUUUUAAUGUGUUUUGGUUUGUAAACAAAAUUAUAGUAAUUUCUUGCACAUUUUUGAAAAAUAAUUGUAAAAGGAUUUAUGUAUCUGCUUCUGGAUACAGUGUGUAAAUAAAAAAUUCAUUCACAAAAAGA